AUGGCACUGCGUCGAUUACGGCGGCCCUUGCGGCUGCAGCGCGCUCCGGUGUCCUUCGUUACCUCCGACAGCCCCUCACGGUUGCAAUCACCGCUGCUCCUUGGCUUCAUCAACCCUGUUCUGGCUAUCUUUGCACAGCUGACAAUGCUCGCUUUGCGAGUUGCUUCGCGGACUGGCUUGCGGCCAGCGAGUUCAACUAAAUGGCCGGUGUCCAGUUUCCCCAAGCCCAUUCGAAGAAUCCAUGGCCUGGCACAAAGCAAGUUCUUCAAGGUUUCAGAAGAGAUCCGGGAUGCUGUCGCUACUGGAAAGCCUGUAGUGGCAUUGGAAACUACUAUAUAUACACAUGGAUUCCCAUACCCUGAUAACGUGGCACUCGCGUCGUUACUAGAAUCCGUGGUUCGAGUCAAUGGAGGAGUCCCUGCUACAAUUGGAGUUUACAAUGGCGUGGCACGAGUUGGUUUGGACCCGGAAGAGAUCGUUGAGCUGGCUGCGUCCGCGGAAAAGAAGAGCGCGUUGAAAGUUUCGAGGAGGGAUCUCGGUUACAUUUGCGGCCUGGGAAUGGCUGGGAAGCCACUUCAUGGAGGCACCACUGUCUCAGGCACGAUGGUGUUAGCCCAUUUGGCUGGUAUUAAGAUUUUUGGAACGGGUGGACUUGGUGGAGUGCAUCGUGGAGGAGAAGCGUCGAUGGAUAUAUCAGCGGAUCUUACCGAGCUUGGACGAACGCCAGUUACGGUUGUUAGUUCUGGAUGCAAGAGCUUCCUUGACAUUCCACGAACGCUGGAAUACCUUGAAACCGAAGGUGUAUGUGUCGCAACCUUUGCAGAUGGACGUCAAGGACCGGUGGAUUUUCCUGCCUUCUUCAGCCGGGACAGCGGAAAGCGAAGUCCGAAGGUUGUUCAGAAUGAAGCGGAGGCUGCAGCUAUUGUUUACGCACAGUCCAAACUUCCAGUGUCCUCAGGAAUCCAUUUUGCCAACCCGGUGCCGCUAGAACAUGCAAUCGCAAAACCGGAAAUGGAUAAAAUCAUCGACGAGGCUCUCCACCUUGCCCAGAUUGAGGGCCAUACUGGAAGCGACAACACGCCUUUUGUGCUCUCCAAGAUCAAGGAGCUGAGUGGCGGGAAGAGCGUUGCGGCCAACCGAGCUCUGGUCGAGUCGAACGUCGAGAUGGCGACCAAAGUUGCCGUGGAAAUCUCCAAAUUAGAGCAAUCCGACAGGGGCGAUCGACAUAUGGCAGCGAUCCCGGUAGUCACUCCGAACACAAAGCGUGACAAAAAAUUUGCAAAUGCCGUGGAAGAUGCAAAGGCUGUUGAAAAUGAUGACCUUCACAUUGAGAAAUUAGGAAAGGCAGAUGUACUAGUGGCCGGGUCUCUUGCAAUCGAUCUCUCUUGUGAUUAUGCACCUCUUACCGAAGACAAGACUAAUAUCACGCCUAUCUUGCAUACGUCAAACCCAGCUAUAAUCGGACAGAGCCUAGGUGGUGUAGGAUACAACGUGGCCAUUGCUAGUAAUUACCUGGGAAGCUCUGUUCUCUUUUGCAGCCUUGUCGGGAACGAUCUUACAGGCCGUGCUGCCUUGUCAACACUCCAGCAGCAGAAGCUCAGUACAGAUGGAAUCCAAGUUCUUCCAACCUCACCGCGAACUCGAACUGCGCAAUAUAUUGCCAUUAAUGAUGCGAAAAGAGAUCUGCUCGUGGCCAUGGCGGAUAUGAGCAUCAUGGAACUUCCGGAGCAAGACCUGAACUUUGACGCUUUCUGGGAACCUCUAGUGCGCCGCACCAAGCCUCGAUGGGUCGUCGUCGAUGCAAAUUGGAGCCCGGGGGUUCUGGCAAAGUGGGUCGAUAUUGGCAAGAAGUACGGGUCUCGAAUUGCCUUUGAACCCGUAUCCACCCCCAAAUCACGCCGGUUAUUCAGCAAUGGAUUGGGAGCCAAUGCGGCGAUCGGACCGUCGAAUUCUGUCCCAGACAAUGCAGUCAGCCUCGCAGCUCCUAACAAGCUCGAACUAGCGGCGAUGCACAUGAGCGCACGCGAGGCCGGGCACUUCGACUCCCCGGGCUGGUGGCGUGUCAUCGAUGCCAUGGGCUUACCGUCCUCUGGCUCUAGAGAGCGACUUGCGGCGAUGACAUCUGCGGCACUUGUCGACGAGGGCACGCCCCAGCAGAGCAUUCAACUCUUACCAUUUAUCCCGUGCAUUAUCACCAAACUCGGCGCGCAGGGCGUCCUGCUGACGCAGCUGCUUCGUCCUGGUGAUCCCCGUCUCACUUCGCCUGAUUCGAUGCCAUAUAUCCUGUCCCGGGCAUCGACGACGGACGAACUCGUUGGGGGAGUAUAUAUGAGGCUAUUUCCUCCUGCAGAAGUCAUCGCGGAUGGUGACAUUGUCAGUGUCAAUGGAGCUGGCGACACGCUCCUCGGUGCGGUGGUGACUGGGUUAGCGAGGGAGACAGACGGGGUAUCGAGACGAGUAGAGAAGCUGAUUCCUAUUGCACAGGAAGCUAGUGUGAGGACGUUGAAGAGUGCUGGGGGUGUGAGCAGCGACAUAGCUAGUUUGAGCAACCAUAUUUAAUACGGAGUAGCAAAUAUGGAUGGA